CAACUCAUCAUUGUCAUAUAUACUGUACAACAUGAGAUGUUGACAUUAUGAUGGGCUAGCUGUGUGUGGUAGCGACAAGUUGACAUUAUGAUGGGCUAGCUGUGUGUGGUAGCGACAAGCAGGAAGAUGGCAUGGGAUCAGAGAAUAGCAAUUGAGUUGAAAGCUGUUCUUGUCAACGAUGUAUAAUUGGGGCCUUCUGCAAGACUACAGGAGGAAUCUAUGUUAGGGGGAUUGAAUGCAGUGUGUCGUAUCUUAGAUUGUGUCUCAUCUCGUGUGUGAUGAUGUUAAAGAUAACACAUUGAUUUGGAAACAUCUUAUUUCAGACUUGAGGAUUCUGUUUUGAGCUGUGUCUUAGGUGUGUAGUAAAUCACUCUUGAACAGAGACUACACAGUGUGAUGGAUGGCUACCUUCAUACAACACUCAUCAUUAGACUUUGAAUAAUUUCAACACUUCGAAUAAUUUCAACAGUCAUUCAGCCUUGUGCAAGAGGCUAUGUGAAUUCCAUUUUGAUAACGGCAAUUAUUUCCCGUAUCACCAUACAGAGGAGAAAAACAGAUGAGGUCAUGUGAUAUGAUCCACAAGGUCAUGUGACCUGCUUGACUCCCCCUCUCAUUUAGCGACAGUGACAAAUACACAGAGAGGGUGACAGGGAUCUUAUGUUGCAGAUAACACUGUGGCAACCUGUUUUCCUGGUUAAACCCCCUUUUGUGUCUUGUUGAUUUGUGUUUUGAUUGGUUGCCAUGGAAUUUUCAUGGAGUUAAAAAACAUCGCUAUAGAAACUGGUGAAUGAGGAGUCUCAACGGAGUUCAGAUUACUGUUGAUGAAAUGCUUGGCUUUUUUCGGACAACUUGUAAGUGUUGACUGUUUUCCUAUUGUUGUCUCAUCCUGAAGACACGCUGGCAUCGGUCUUCGACCUCCUUAGAUGUUAUUUUGUUGUGCAGUUAGCAAGUCUUUCUCAGAACCACACCAGAGAAUAAUUUUCUACGAAAGAGUUGAGUUUUCUCAGGCAAACGCUUCAUUUCUCUGAUUUGUGAAACAUUAUUCUUGUUGGGUUCUUAGUAGAGAAGGUUUUUUUCAUUUCCGAGAAGCAAUAUUUUCUGACGGGAUUGUGAAAACAUCAGUACUUGUCAGCAUACCACUUGAGAGGAUAAAACGACGUUGUCGUCUUUAUAAGAAGCAGAAUUAUUCAUUUCACAAGAUGUUGACUUCUCAGUGUGAAGAGACUUGUUCAGGGAGAACGGUUUAAGCCACACUCACCCGUCUCCGAUGUUGGCCUUCCAACCGCCCCAGCUUACCAGAACUCCCUCGUCGAUCCAGCUAAGCAUCGCUACGCAGACCCCACCCGUAAUCCAACCCUCAUGCGAGAUCACUAGGACCCGGUCUGCCAACCCGCGCUUGACACGCAACCGAAAAACCUCGGCCAAUUCAUCGGCGAGUUCGGCACCAAGCAUCGGAUGUCGAUCCUUGACACUACCGAGAAAGCGGAUUGGGUCUUCAAGAUCGGCUAAGACAGGCCAGAGGACCCCGUCUCAUACCCUGCCGCAGAAUGGCGAGGAAGCAGAACGAAUUCUAUCGAGCAUUCUGUCAAUACGGGGCAUCUCAUCGCGGUCGGACAACUACCCCACCCUGGAGCGACCUGAUGACAUCAUCCCCAUGCACUACCUGAACAGCGUUAACGAGGCUAUAAAUAGCUAUGUCACCCCCUCUGGAAGCGGAAUGUCUUCACCAUCAGAGGAUGAGAAACCCAACUUCUUAAUGAAUAGCGGAGGUUGGACGUCUGGAAACUCGACAGAAAGGAGUAGUCUGUUUUCUUGGGCAGAUGAUGAAUUUGACAAGCAAGCGGGUAAAACGGUUCGUCGUAUGUUCCAGGAGAUUGAUGAUAUUCUGUUUGAGGGACAGAAAGACGCCACCACGUCAGUGCAAUUAGAAAAUGAAUGUAAAGAAUGGAACUCCAGGUUCCCACACUUAAGAGUGUUGGGCAAGCAACAGAUCACACCAAGUGACCUCGGCUAUGAGUUUAUUCCACGCUCGUCCCAGACACCAGCAACGGCCGUUGAGCUCAUGGACCUCGGUGAGAAUGAGUAUCCAAACUACUCAAGUCAAGACCCACAGGGGUUGACAGUCUUUGGAACUCGUUUGACACCGAUUGAUCCGGUAGCCACGAUGGGAUCCAGCAGAGAUGAAGACGUCCAACAACAACUAGCCGACAUGGAAGAGGAAAUAUUUGAGUCUGAAGGCGUCAUUGAAGAGUAUUUUGCGUAUGACCGAUUAAAAUCAUGGGAGGACGAAGGUCACGAGCUGAAGAGAUACCACGCCCCAAGAAGAAAAGGCUUCCCUCCCCUGACUCCAAACGCCUGUGUACAGAACUCUAUCUAUAGUCAAGCCUUUGAUGUGAUGUGGACAGAGGUCGUUGGAUGGAUCAGGUUAUUAAUCAAGAGACAUUGGCAUCUAUUGGCAGAAGCUAAGAAGUACACAAACACAGAAGACAUCUCGUCCGCCAUGUCAGCCUUGCAUCCCGUUGCCCCAACCUUUGACCUCAGCCUAAGCCCAUACCCCUUCAGUACCCACAUGGGGCGUGGCUUGCUAGAUAUGCCAUCCAACAAGCUCGCUCCAAUGGGCUCAGUGCUUCGAUUGAACACAGCGCCCUCCCUGAACAUCUCGCUCGCUGACCGGCAGAAUCUAACUGGUGUAAUGACGAUAUCGUCCAAAGCUCUUCAUAACAGGCCCAAUGAUAGAGAUACGAGAGCUCCUUCAAUACUAGGGGAUGAGCUGCAGACUCUACCCUUACAGAUUGGAAUGAAUCGGCCAGGCUCGAGCACCCUGAGUCAGAUCAACCGCUCCAACCGUCCGAUGAGUGUCAAAACAACGGACAACUUCAACUACAGGUUGUCAUCAGCUAGAGGCCGGGGGAGGUUGAGGCCCAUCGACCGAGCCAAGACGCCCAACAUGGAGGGAAUCAUCACCGGAAAGAAACUGACCACAGCGAGUGACCGUCUAGGUUCUCCACCCCAUCCCGCUGCUUCUCCUCCCUACCAUUGGAGUCGGAAUGCGACCCUACCACCAAUAGAGGCAGUCCAAGAAACUCUGCCUCAGCUAAGGCAACCAGAGUCGCAUGGGAAUGAGAACAAACAAACCAAUAACACUAAUAACAAAACAUCUGCUAAGUUCAGGAUAUCAAGUGCUGCAGCUGAUGACAGAGCGUUGAGACUAAAAGAUCGUUCAGCUACGUUUACCUCAGAGUCAAGACCAAACACGACACACACAUUCCGAUCCGAUACACCAUUUGGCAUCUUGAAUCGUCGAUCAUCAACUCCCCAGUCUUUCACUCUGUUCAAGUCACCCGCUGCUGUUCCCCCGGCAGGUGGUAACCCUGGCAUCAUGUCUGGAAUAACGGGAAUCAGUUUGGGUAUUCCAGGUUCAUCGUCGCACAUCGAUGCUUCAGUGAGUCAGUAUGGGGCUCAACAAGCAGGUUACUUCAAGGUGUUAUAACAGUGGCUUAUAACAAUGAAUCCCUGGUGGGAUUCGAACCCGAUUCAUCAUAUUAGAUCCAUGCUUCGGGGCUCAACAAGCCGGUUACUACAAGGUGUUAUAGCAAUGGCUUAUAACAAUGAAUCCCUGGUGGGAUUCGAACCCGAUUCAUCAUAUUAGAUCCAUGCUUCGGGGCUCAACAAGCCGGUUACUACAAGGUGUUAUAGCAAUGGCUUAUCACAUGGGUGUAUCAAAACCAGUUAUUUCUUUUGUUAAAUAAUCAAAAAAUAAACCAAUUAUUCCAAAACAUGCUCUAGCACAAUCUGAAAUCUAUACAAACUCUCUCAAAAUCCAUCAUAUUAUUAUUAAUAUUUCAACCCUGUAUUUUUUGUCGACAAGCAUAUUUUUCCUUUAAGUUCUGUUUUCAUAAUAUUACUGAAAUACUUGUUUUUUAGGAGAUAGAACUUGAAAAAGAGGGAGCAGUCACAAUGCUACCACAAGUCUACUUAAAGACAGUGGACACUAUUGGUUAUUGUCAAAGACUAGCCUUCACAGUUAGUGUAUCUCAACAUAUGCAU